AUGGCGGGUAUGGAAUACAUGAUGGAACACCUGGAGGAUCGGAAGCUGUCCUAUCAUGUUGACCCCGACGGGCUCGUGGGAGAGGACACCAACUCGCAGGUCAAGCUGGCUCGAGGGCGACCAGACCGUAACCGGCAGCUUCCUGCUCGAUUCAGGGAUUGCGAGACGGACAGCCAUCCGCAAAGGUCUAGGCAGCAGGCCCCUUGCUGGAUCGAAGCUCGAGACGAUGCG